CCUAUUGUGGCCGCAAUGCUUUGAGCGAGCUGCCAAGCGCAUACCAUACGCACCCGCCGCACUGUGCCUAUACUCUCACCAGCCCAACGUCUCAUAUUUUUACAAAAACGAGAUGCCAUAUUAGAAGACAAUCACAUCUUUAAAAAGAAGGAAAGAAUAACCGCAAGACUACGCGAUUUUUAAAUGUGCAUAUCUAUGGAAUAAAGCCAGAUUUCCCAGUCUUAAUGUCGGGCAAAUCGGAUCGCAAAAAUAAAUGGGCGGCAGUGCGAGGUCGUCUGGGAUCGUCUCAGGACUCGGAUACUCCGCAGGAAGCCAACCUUGAGAGUGCCGAUCCAGAGCUGUGUAUCCGCCUACUACAGGUGCCCACUGUGGUCAACUACUCUGGGCUGAAAAAGCGUCUGGAGGGAAGCGAUCAGACAUGGAUGGUGCAGUUUUUGGAGCUGAGCGGGCUGGACCUCCUGCUGGAAGCUCUGGACCGGCUCUCAGGACGAGGCUGCUCCAGGAUCGCAGACGCUCUGCUGCAGCUCACCUGUGUCAGUUGCGUUCGCGCAGUCAUGAACUCCUCUGCUGGGAUACACUUCAUUAUUGAGAAUGAAGGCUACAUCCGCAAGCUCUCUCAAGCUUUGGAUACUUCAAACACUAUGGUGAAGAAGCAAGUGUUUGAGCUAUUGGCCGCUCUAAGUAUGUUUUCACCAGAUGGACAUCGUCUUGCCUUGGAUGCCCUUGACCAUUACAAGGGGGUAAAGGUGCAACAGUACAGGUUCAGUGUGAUCAUGAAUGAGUUGCAAGGCACAGAUAAUGUCCCCUACAUGGUUACUCUGCUCAGCGUCAUCAAUGCUAUCAUCUUUGGCACCGAUGACCUCAGGCAGAGAGACAGAAUGCGAAAGGAAUUCAUUGGCCUUCAGCUACUUGAUAUUCUCCCUAAAUUACGGUAA